AUGAAUAAUGUGCUGGCGAUGGCUGGUCGGGAUUGUCUCCACCGCCCCGAUGAUCGGAUGUGGCUCUGUGUUUCCCCCCCGAUUUCGCAUCCACGCCGACCGCCCGGCGAUCGCUCGGGGUCGCUGGCCAAUCACGGCUGGCGAAUCACGGGGAGCAGCUGGACGAAAAGACUCAUCGCCGUUGCGCUUGGCCUUCCGCUAGCUCCAGGCCCAAAGAUAUUAUUCUUCGCUCGCCCAGAUUUACUGCCGAGCGCGUUGCUCAUCUCCCUCCCCUUCGCUUCCCGGGUGGCCUGGCUGCGUCUGCGGCGAACGAUGAUGCCUUUCAGACCCUCGAGAAGUGCCCUGCGCACUCUGCCCUGCCAGAGGCAGCUUGCCUUUGGCCGGAGGCAUUUUUCCGCCUGCCUGGUCGCCCGCGCCGUUUCACCCCACCGCUCCUCUGUCCAGCGUGCUUCCGCCGUUGAGACCGCGAAACGAGGCCAGAGCACGGCGACGGCUGCCGCUCCCGGUGCUCGUCCGGUCCCCAGCUCGUCAUUCAACCAAGAUUCGCAGCGCAACAAUGUCUCGCCCUUGGAGAACCGGAACCUGCCUGAACUCGACGACUCAUUCGUCGGGCUGAGCGGUGGUGAGAUCUUCUAUGAGAUGAUGCUCAGGCUAGGAGUCAAGCACAUCUUUGGCUACCCUGGUGGUGCCAUUCUUCCUGUCUUCGACGCCAUCUACAAUUCCAAACAUUUCGACUUCAUCCUCCCUCGUCAUGAGCAGGGUGCUGGCCACAUGGCUGAAGGCUAUGCCCGUGCUUCCGGCAAGCCUGGUGUUGUGCUGGUGACUUCAGGUCCCGGCGCUACUAACGUCGUUACGCCCAUGCAGGAUGCUCUCUCGGAUGGUACGCCCAUGGUGGUCUUCUGCGGUCAGGUGCCCACGACGGCAAUUGGUACGGAUGCCUUCCAGGAAGCCGACGUCGUUGGUAUCUCCCGAGCCUGCACGAAAUGGAACGUCAUGGUCAAGAACGUGGCCGAGCUGCCUCGUCGGAUUAAGGAAGCUUUCGAGAUUGCGACCAGUGGCCGGCCCGGCCCCGUCCUCGUCGACCUGCCGAAAGAUAUCACCGCCGGCAUCCUUCGGAAACCGAUCCCCAUGAACAGCACUCUCCCGUCCCACCCCAGCGCCGCGACUUUGGCCGCUCGCGAGUUGAGCCGACAGCACCUGGAGGCCACCAUCAAGCGUGUUGCGCGCCUGGUGAAUAUGGCCAAGAAGCCCGUUCUCUAUGUCGGGCAAGGUCUCCUCGCCCGUCCCGAAGGCCCGAAGCUCCUCAAGGAGUUGGCUGACAAGGCGUGCAUCCCCGUGACCACCUCCCUUCAAGGUCUGGGUGCGUUUGAUGAGCAGGACCCCAAGUCCCUCCACAUGCUGGGCAUGCACGGUUCGGCCUAUGCCAACAUGGCCAUGCAGGAGGCCGAUCUGAUUAUUGCUCUGGGUGCGCGGUUCGAUGACCGUGUCACGGGAAAUGUCGCCCGCUUUGCGCCUCAAGCCAAGCUCGCCGCGGCUGAGGGCCGUGGUGGCAUUGUGCACUUUGAGGUGAUGCCCAAGAACAUCAACAAGGUCGUGGAAGCCACCGAAGCUGUGGAAGGUGACUGCGCGGACAACCUGGCCCUGCUGUUGCCACAGGUUAACCCCGUGGCGGAGCGGCCCGAGUGGUUUGCUCAGAUCAAUGACUGGAAGGCCCGGUUCCCGCUGUCCCUCUACGAGAAAGAGUCUCCGCAGGGGCCGAUUAAGCCUCAGACCUUGAUUGAAAAGCUCAGCAACAUCACGGAACCUAUCAAGGAUCGGACCAUCAUCACUACGGGAGUUGGUCAGCACCAGAUGUGGGCCGCCCAGCAUUACCGUUGGCGUUAUCCCCGCUCCAUGAUCACGUCGGGUGGUCUGGGUACCAUGGGAUACGGACUGCCUGCCGCCAUCGGUGCCAAGGUUGCUCGCCCGGAUGCUCUAGUCAUCGACAUUGACGGCGAUGCGUCCUUUAACAUGACCCUGACCGAGUUGUCCACCGCGGCUCAGUUCAACAUUGGCGUCAAGGUGCUGGUUCUCAACAAUGAGGAACAGGGCAUGGUGACGCAGUGGCAGAACUUGUUCUACGAGGACCGAUACGCCCACACUCACCAGAAGAACCCCGAUUUCGUCAUGCUCUCGCAGUCGAUGGGUGUCCCUGCCCAGCGGUGCACCCGUCCUGACGAAGUCGAGGAGAAACUCAGAUGGCUCAUCGAAAGCGAUGGUCCUGCGUUGCUGGAAGUGUUUACCGACAAGAAGGUUCCCGUCCUUCCCAUGGUCCCUGCGGGCAGUGCCCUGCACGAAUUCCUUGUCUACGACGAAGCCAAGGAAAAGGAGCGGAAGGCUCUGAUGAAGAAACGAGGUGUUGUUUUCUAA